CAUAACUUCAUUUUCUGAAAAGAAAGUUAUAAAUAUAAGUAGGUAGGUACGUGUACUUCACUGAGUAGGUACCAAUAUUAUCGUUGUCACUAAUUUUGUGGGAGAUUCCCGGAAACACCUUUUCUGAAACUUGUGUCACUGUUUCUUUCCAGUCCAUUGUGGCUGAAUAAAAAUAAUCAAUGUGAUUGUUUGUAUAGGUACUAAGGGUCGCUAUGGAAACCUCUUUAGUCAUAUCGCAAAAACAAAAGAUACCUGGCUUACUUCUCGCAAUGAGUGAGGCCCUCACUAAUUUGACACAGGCUUUCGAUGUUUUAAAAGCGCAAGAGGAUGAUCAUGAUUAUUUGACGAUAAUCAAAAUUUUCGUGUUCAAAUUCUUCAAUAGCCAACGGGAUGCUUUGGAAGUUGAAAGUAGUAUAGCAUCACUGAUUGCUCAAUUACACUGUCUUUGUUCGGAGUGGAAAACAAAAGUGUCUGUGGAUUGCGUGGUCUUUAACUAUUUGCACGAUCUCGUCAUGCCGCAGAUUUACCAAAGAUUUAAAACUGAAGAUCAGUUUUAUUUCAACAAGGCUUCAGAAUUAAAAAAUGUAACGUCGGAACAAUUAGGAGCACCUGUCGAAUGGACAAUAUCAUUGUCGGCUGCAGUGGUGGAAUUGGCGAACUUGGAUUCUUAUAAAAGUCCCUUGGAGAAAAUGUGGUGUUUGUGUACGACGUAUGACUUAAUUUUUGCAGAGCUCAAAAUGGCAUUAAUUAAUGUAAUUUCAAGACACCCCGAUACAGACUCCAACAUACCAGUGGUAAAUAAUGAAGACAUCAUUCCCAUAUUAAUAACUGUGAUUCUCCAAUCCAAAUUGGUGCACCUGCAUAGCAACUUUUACUAUCUGGAUCGCUUCAUGGGAUCAUUAAGCGAGAAUGAACUAUUUCGGCAUACUGUGAUGGUAUUUCGUGAAGCAGUUAAUCGAAUGAGAGAGCUAUCGACGCAAUCAUUGCGUCCAGCUACUGUAUCUCUGUGCCGGGAGAUGGAUUUGGUAAAACUGAUUCAAAUUACUGACGAAAUGAAUAUUAAGUUGCGAGUCAAGGAAAGAGAAAUAACGCCAUAUGAAGCUCAGCUUAUCGAAGUUACCGAUCUUAUUGUUAUGUCGACCAAUCAAAACCAAAUAUUACCAAACGUCUGAUGUUGGAGAGCAUGCAGAUUUGGUCUUCAGUAUGAUUUGAACGUUGGUGUUACUGCGAAGUAGUGGCAUACUAAAAACCUUUCUGAUUUUGGGCGAGAUUUUGGGUAUAAGCAAGUAUGGGUGACCGCUAGGGAGUUGUUUGCCGUACCUAAAUCUGUUUCUGUGUAUUUUCAGUCAACGGGGAAUACUUUUUUGACAAUUCUAAGUGUUUU